UUCUUGAUAAGAAGCUAUAAAAUCUAACAAGUUAAAUCAAAUAAGGCGAAUUUUGAUUUAAAAAUAAAUAUUUGACAUUUCCAAGUUCAUUUAGCGGAGUAAUAUUAGAUUAAAGAGUAUAUUUCAGCUGUAUUGAAGGUUGCACUGUAUAACAAGAAUGAAUUGCUCUCAGACUGAAAUCUUACAAGUGUGAAUCUAACAGUUUAGCAUCAAAAUGGGGCUAAUUUUAGCCAAGAUUUGGAGUCUCUUUGGAAACGAAGGUAAUUGCAUGUUUAAUAUUUAUUUUGGCGAAGAACUUAAAGGAAAAUUUAGUUUCAAAACAAAAACUGAAAUUCUACCAUACUGUCCUUAAAUUUAUAAAAUGUUAUUCUGGAACAAUAUACAUUUUAUUAUGUGGGAUCUAGGAGGACAAGAAUCCCUCAGGACAUCUUGGAAUACUUACUACAGUAACACAGAGUUUAUAAUCAUGGUCGUGGACAGCACGGACAGGGAGCGCUUGACCAUCAGCAAAGAGGAGCUCCACAAGAUGCUGGAGAGUGACGAGCUGUGUAAAGCAGCUGUUCUUGUCUUUGCUAACAAGCAGGAUGUAGCUGGAUGUAUGUCUGCUGCUGAGAUAUCUCGUCAACUCAAUCUACAGAAUAUCAGAAAGCAUAAAUGGCAGAUACAGUCCUGUUGUGGACUAACAGGAGAAGGAUUAUAUCAAGGACUGGAGUGGAUUGCAAACAAUAUUAAAUCUCGGUGAUACAAACAAUUCAAUACUUAUGGUGAUACAACCAGCUGUAGGGUUAGUGAUACAACCAAUCUAAACUGUAGGGUUGGGAUACAACCAAUCUAAACUAUGAGUUGGGAUACAGCCAAUCUUAACUAUAGGGUUGGGAUACAACCAAUCUAAACUAUGAGUUGGGAUACAGCCAAUCUUAACUAUAGGGUUGGGAUACAACCAAUCCAAACUAUGAGUUGGGAUACAACCAAUCUUAACUAUAGGGUUGGGAUACAACCAAUCUAAACUAUGAAUUGGGAUACAACCAAUCUUAACUAUAGGGUUGGGAUACAACCAAUCUAAACUGUAGGGUUGGGAUACAACCAACCUUCCAAAUGUAUCCUUUCUAUGGAUACUUGGAUGAUAUGAAACCAACCUGUGAAAAGAGAAGUUAAUCCUCUUAGCCUAAACUUAAUAAAGUAAUCAUAACCAAGAAUAUUUAUGUUUCAAGACAAUCAGAUUUUCCAAUGUUUAAACAUUUAUUCCUAGUUGCCAAAUUAUCCGUCAAUCUUCUGAACUGAAAAAAGUA